AUGAAGGUAGUAGUGAUUGGAGCCGGGAUCGGCGGAUUGGUUUGCGCUAUCUCCUGCCGUCGCGAAGGACUCGACGUCGUGGUCCUCGAACAAGCUCCCGGUUUGAAACCAGUCGGCGCCGGUAUACAAAUUCCUCCCAACGCUGCCCGUAUCGUUCGCAAACUUGGUCUCCUGCCUCAACUAUUAGAAAAGGCCAUCUUGGUCGACACAAUUGAUUACCUCCGAUACAAAGAUGGCAAGGUUCUCUUCCAGAUAGAAGCUGGUGACAAAAUCAAGAAGGCGUACGGUGAUAUUUGGAUGGUCAUUGCUCGACCACAUUACCAUGAUGUACUGUGGAACGCGGCCAAAGAAGCUGGCGUGGAGUUGAGACUGGGCUCGGAGGCAGUUGAGAUCGAUUUCGAGGACCCAAGUGUGCGCCUCGCGACUGGUGAGGUUGUCAGUGGCGACGUCGUUAUCGGCGCCGACGGUCUCUGGUCGAGAUCAAGAGAUCAAAUCCUUGGGCGCCACUCGCCUCCCUCCGAAACGGGGGAUCUAGCCUAUCGAGCUACAGUAAGUUUGCAGCAAAUGAAAGACUUUGGAGAUCCUCGAAUAGACGACAUGAUCAAGCAUAAAACUGUCAAAUGCUGGAUGGGUCCGAACAAGCAUUGCGUUCUUUACCCCAUAGACGGCGGACAAAUGUUCAACCUCGUGAUUCUGUGCCCAGAUGAUCUCUCCAAAGAUGUCAGGCAGGCGCCUGGGGAUGUGGAAGAGAUGAGGGCUUUGUUCGCCGGGUGGGAUGAAAGGUACAUCCAAUCCACAGCCCCCUAG